CCUCACAACCAUAUCUAGCUCUCUCCAAUUAUUUUACUUUCACAAACACAUCAUCAAACUCCUAAACAAAAACCAGUCUGGUUUUCUCUCCCAGCUCUGCUUAACCAUACAUACCACCUACAAACACUCACCCAACUGAACCCUUUAAAAUGGUCCUCCCUCUUCCUCCUCCACCUCUAUUCUCACUCCCUUCCUGCAAUGACUAAUCACCCAAUUCUCCAUUUUCUCUCUCUGAUGAUCUUCUAGCUCACUGACUCUGUUCUUGAAUGGAUCUUGGCAUGGUGGGUUUUGAUGGUUUGGUGGGUUCAGACAGUUGUUUCGGUUCUUCUCUUUCUUCAGAUCCUGAUUCGACCAAGCAAAAGUGGUACGGAUCUGGCCGGUUUCUUGGGCAAGAAAGAUCUGCGCCAGCUUCUGAAGAUGAGUGGAGGACCUUAAAAGUGGCUAAGACUGAUGACUUCUCUGCUUCCAAGGCAAUACUGUCUCAGCAGAGAGGUUCUCUAUUGAGAGCUAAUAGCUCUAGUCUUCUCUCUGAUGGUCAGCAUAUGCUCAGCUUCUCUUCACCCAACUCACAAUCUGUGACAUUGCCUCACUAUCACCAAUCAUCAUCAAGUAAUAGUAGAAAUACAGGCUAUGGCUCUGGAGGAGGAGGCUGCUUGAAUCUUGCAAGCAUGCAUGGGGUAUUAAUGGGGGUGAGAGGCCCAUUCACUCCAUCACAGUGGAUGGAGUUAGAACACCAGGCCUUGAUCUACAAGUACAUCACUGCAAAUAUGCCUAUUCCUCAUAAUCUGCUCAUCCCAAUCAGAAAAGCCCUUGAUUCUGCUGGGUUCUCUAGCUUUACAAGACCUAGUACUUUGGGAUGGGGUGCUUUCCAUCUAGGAUUCUCCAACAACACCGAUCCCGAGCCAGGGCGGUGUCGUCGGACAGAUGGGAAGAAAUGGCGGUGCUCAAGAGAUGCUGUUGCCGACCAAAAGUAUUGUGAGCGGCACAUGAAUAGAGGCCGCCAUCGUUCAAGAAAGCCUGUGGAAGGCCAAAGUGGCCAUUCCGUCUCCGGACCAACAACCACCACCACCGUGAAGCUUGCUUCCUCCACAUCGGCGGCAUUGGUGGUGCCUGGGGACGGCACAACCAACAGCCUCGGCCUCUCACACCACCCCCAACUUAAGAACUUGCAACCAGGUGCACCUAAUUCUUGUGCAUCUACCCCCCAUAUCAACAGUAGGUUUUUUCUGAACAAUGAAAAUGUGGGGGAGACGAUUCAAGGUGCAACAGACCUCUCCAUGUUAUCGCCUACUAUCAGCCUAACACCAAACCAAUUUUCUGUUCCAAAACAGCAGAACCCUUAUGAACAAUCCUCUCGCUCUGAAUUUGGAAGCGUCUGCUCAGACUCUUUGCUCAACCCUUUGCAUAAAAGCUCCACCCUCAAUAACUGCAGAAACUAUAGCUCACCCCGCAACCUCAAUGAUGGAGAAAGUGAGUCACAACACUCAGUCCAUCAAUUCAUGGAUGACUGGCAUAAAACCCAGCUCUCAAUUUCAAUCCCCGUGGAUGCCUCAGACUUCAUGUCAUCCACUUCAUCGCCCGCUAAUGAAAAACUUGCACUCUCGCCACUGAGACUGUCACGAGAGCUUGACUCGACUCAAAUGGGUUUGGGAUUGGGAAAUGUUACAAAUGAACCAAACCAACGGCAGGCCAACUGGAUUCCAAUAUCCUGGGAAACUUCGAUGGGUGGACCUCUCGGGGAGGUAUUGCAUAGCACUAGUGGCAGCAUUGGGGACUGCAAUAGAUCAUCUGCGCUCAACCUCAUGACAAAGGGCUGGGACAAAAGUCCCCGACUAGCGUCAUCGCCAACUGGGGUCCUGCAGAAGAUGACAUUUGGGUCACUUUCCAAUAGCAGUGCAGGGAGCAGUCCAAGAGCAGAGAACCUUGGAGGCCUCGUACACAUUUGACCUCCAAAGAAGAUGACAUUGGAUGAUGAUAAAAGCUUGAGUUUUUAUGUGGCUGACAAACAUUAGAACAAUUUAGUUUUGGAGUUUGAAUUUGUCAAUUUCUUUAAAUUCUGUUGGUUUGUUUAUCUUGAUCUGUGCAAGUUGUCAAACUUGACUGACUAUGCGAAUCUUCGACUGUCAUUUUAGCUCUCAAUCUUUGAUGUAGAAUGUUGCCAUCCAAUAUUGGUUAACAAAGGUUUGACCGUGUGAAUGUAAGUUUCUUAGCCACCGCUCUCUUAUAA